GGGGGGGGCGGCUGCCGCCCGCUGCGGGGCUUCGAGGCCGGCCUGCUCAACAACACGCACCAGCACGUGUUUGAUGAUCUGAGUGGCUCCGUCUCCCUCUCCUGGGUUGGAGACAGCACUGGGGUCAUCCUAGUCCUGACCACGUUCCAUAUCCCUCUGGUGAUCAUGACCUUUGGACAGUCCAAGCUCUAUCGAAGCGAGGACUAUGGCAAGAAUUUUAAGGACAUAACCAACCUCAUUAACAACACCUUUAUCCGGACCGAGUUUGGCAUGGCCAUUGGACCCGAGAACUCUGGAAAGGUGAUUUUGACAGGGGAUGUGUCUGGAGGAAGCCGUGGAGGAAGGAUCUUCAGGUCAUCUGAUUUUGCAAAGAAUUUUGUUCAGACAGACCUGCCUUUUCACCCUCUGACUCAGAUGAUCUAUAACCCCCAAAAUGCAAACUAUCUGCUGGCCCUCAGCUCUGAAAAUGGCCUGUGGGUGUCCAAGGACUUUGGGGGAAAAUGGGAAGAAAUCCAUAAAGCGGUGUGUUUGGCCAAAUGGGGAUCAGAGAGCACCAUCUUCUUCACCACCUAUGUGAAUGGCUCUUGCAAAGCUGACCUUGGGGUACUGGAAUUACGGAGAACCUUCGAUCUUGGCAAGAGCUUUAAGACCAUCGGAGCCAAAAUCUACUCCUUCGGACUUGGGGGACGUUUUCUUUUUGCCUCUGUGAUGACUGAGAAGGGAACAACAAGAAGGAUCCAUGUAUCCCUUGACCAAGGAGAGACAUGGAGUAUGGCCCAGCUUCCCUCAGUGGGACAAGAACAGUUCUACUCCAUCCUAGCGGCCAACGAUGACAUGGUGUUCAUGCACGUUGAUGAGCCCGGGGACACCGGAUAUGGCACAAUCUAUACCUCCGAUGAUCGAGGCAUUGUCUACUCCAAGUCCCUGGACCGCCAUCUCUACACCACCACCGGCGGGGACACAGACUUCACCAACGUGACCUCUCUCCGUGGGGUCUACAUGACCAGCGUGCUUUCUGAAGAUAAUUCGAUCCAGUCCGUGAUCACUUUUGACCAAGGAGGAAAGUGGAGGCUCCUGAGGAAGCCUGAAAACAGCAAAUGCGACUCCACAGCCAAGAAUAAGGAAGAGUGCAGCCUUCACAUUCAUGCCUCCUACAGCAUCUCCCAGAAGCUGAAUGUCCCCAUGGUGCCGCUGUCGGAACCCAACGCCGUCGGAAUCGUCAUCGCUCACGGCAGCGUCGGGGACGCCAUCUCGGUGAUGAUCCCGGAUGUUUACAUCACCGAUGACGGAGGCUACUCCUGGGUGCGGAUGCUGGAAGGGCCCCAUUAUUACACCAUCUUGGAUUCGGGGGGCCUCAUCGUAGCCGUGGAGCAUGGCAGCCAGCCAAUCAAUGUGAUUAAGUUCUCCACGGAUGAAGGACAGUGCUGGAACCUGUAUACCUUCUCCAAGGAGCCCAUCUACUUCACCGGCCUGGCCUCCGAGCCUGGAGCCAGAUCUAUGAACGUCAGCAUUUGGGGUUUCCGAAAAUCUUUCCCAUCCCAGAAAUGGGUCUCCUAUACCAUCGAUUUUAAGGAACUCCUUUCCAGAAACUGCGAAGAGAAGGAUUACACCAUCUGGCUGGCUCACUCCACCGACCCCGGGGCACAAAACGACGGCUGCAUCCUGGGCUACAAAGAGCAAUACCGGCGACUACGCAAGUCCUCCGUCUGUCAGAAUGGCCGAGACUAUAGGUUGACCGGGCAGCCCGCGGUCUGCACCUGUACCCUGGAGGACUUCCUCUGUGAUUUCGGCUACUUCCGACCAGAAAAUGAAUCCAAGUGUGUGGAGCAGCCGGAACUAAAGGGCCACGAUCUGGAGUUCUGCCUGUAUGGAAGAGAAGAGCAUUUGACCACAAAUGGGUACCGGAAAAUCCCGGGCGACAAGUGCCAGGGGGGCAUGAGUCCGGAUCGAGAGGAAAAGGACCUGAAAAGGAAAUGUAGAAGCAACUUCUUGAGUCCAGACAAGCAGAAGGCCUCGUCCAACCCCGCCGCAAUCAUCCUGGCAGUCGUGGGGCUGAUGCUGAUUACAACCGUAGCAGGCGUUCUCGUUAUCAAGAAAUACGUCUGUGGAGGCAGGUUCCUAGUGCAUCGCUAUUCUGUCCUGCAGCAACACGCCGAGGCCAAUGGUGUGGAGGGAGUGGAUACGCUGGAUUCAGUCUCCCAUGCCAGUAAAAGCGGAUACCAUGAUGACUCGGAUGAGGAUCUCCUGGAAUAGCUGGGAAGCGGAGCUGGGACAGACUGGCUGAGCACUGAUGACUGGAACCCAGUGCCUCCCACCUGGUGCCUGCUCCUCUGAAACGGAGAAACACAUUCCUCCCUUUCCAUUUUGAGGGGCCGAGCUCUGUUUCUGCCGCUUCCACUGAGACUGAGAGGACCCAGAUGCUACCGAACCACGGGGUGUGCGGGCGGCAGCCGGGGCACCCUGCCAAGACGUAGAGGCUCAGAGAAGUGGAAGAAAACAUUCUUCUUAACUCAUUUUAACUUUAUUUUAAUUUCUGUCCUCCUGCUGAGUGUGGUGGGUUUCUUAAAGGAAAAUGGACUAAAAUGUGAAGGGGACAUUUCGCUAAAGCUAGGGUCACUCUGGAUGCUUCACCCUCUUGCCUAAGGUCGCCGCGAUUGCCGGCACCAACUCUCUGCCCCGUGUCCUAAGCCGGGUCCAGCCUGCAGCGAGCACCACAGAAGUGCAGCGAAGGGGGGGAAGAACAGCCUCCGGUGCCACCAGGGUGGCUGAUCCCGGUCUUCCCAGUCUGGGGGAUAUGGGGGACUCUCCCGGAGUUCACAGGCUAAAUUAGUUUUCACUUCUCCCUCUGUCAUCAGUAGAGGAGUCAGGUGUGUCUCCCUCCGGGCUGAAGUGAGCCUUUGACUACUGGACCCCAAAGUUAUAAAAACUGGAUCUCAGCUUCUCAAAGGAAAAAAAAAAAUGAAGCAAAUCUGAAUCUGCGUGGGGCUAGAAGUAAUAGGGUUAGGAUCAGGUACAAAUGAAAAUCUUUUUCUGAUCAGGGCACCUAUAAGGUUGUAUGUGUGCGUGUGUGUGUGUGUGUGUCAGAUAUGACCCUCUUGUGCAAGGACGUGGUAUGUAUGUUUAUGUGUGUGUCUGUGCUUGAUGAGAUCCUCUGAGCAGAACAAUUGACUUCCUUUUUAUGUGAGCUGGUUUGGCAGGAGAGGAGUGGGCACAGUUCGGGGGUCAAAGCCGGGCAAACUGCAUCUUUGUCUCCCGACGCCAUACAUCGCUCUGAUUAACCCGUUGGCAUUCUCUAAACUCUCCACUUGGGCCGGUUUGGGUUCAGCCGGACUCCCAGGCUUUUGAGUGUUUUAGGCUUUAACCAAACCAUAGAGCACCCCUGCCGAUGCUCUUCUUUGGUUUUCCCAAAGAAUUUGUAGCCCGGCAGGACAAGUUGGACAUAAUGUUUCCCAUUUGGAAGUUUGCUGCCUUCUAGCUACCGGAUACACUGUGGGCGCGUUCAGUUAUUUUGAAAGCACCUAGGGGCUCUUCCCAUUUUGCGACGCUUGCGUAUUAAGUCUAGCGACAGUCUCUAGAUGGGUGAAUUUAGGGGUUUACAGUAAUAGGAACUGCAGUAAUCAGUUCUAGCCUAGCAUAAAUGCUUGCUGUUCUUGAUAAUAAUACGUUUAAAAGUUAGGUGGAUUGUGCCUGUCAUGGGGUCUCAUCGUUCUCAGUGUCUCUCAAUUGAGGGGACACAGGUCUCUGGGGUGCUGCCUGUUAACUGAUGGACCACAGCCUGAGGAGACGCUCGAGGUGAAAUGUGCCAAAUUAAUUUUUGUAGAACUGUAGGAACUGAUGUUUUGGGGUGCCACUGUGCCUCUGGUUGCAGGAUGAGGGAAGACUGUCCUGAGAGCUGAAUGUUUGGGGAAGGCAGAUGGAGGAGUCCCCUCCCGCUCCCUUCCCGACUCCCACAGCUGAGGCAAGAUUUAAUAUAUCAGGUGGCCCGGGCAGACUAUCCGAGGGAGAGGAGAAGAGGGGAGAGUUGUUGCUCUGGGGACACCUCAGGGGACUUUGGUGGGCCUGAGAGGCGGGUGCCAUAGGACAAAUGUGGGAGGGGUCUCGUGGGCACCUGCCCUGAUUGAGGGAAGAGUUCCGGGCGAGAGCGAGGUUGUGGGCAAGUGGUCAGCCGUAAGAUAGACAAGAUCAGGGUAAGAUUGCAUUAGAGGAGCUGAGUGUGCGGGUUGAGUGGUAAUAGGAGAUUAACCAGAUAAAGUAGGAGUCCCUCAAAGCCUGUGGUGAGGAGUUUCUGUUUGAUAUGGCGAUGGAUGGGCAACCGUUGGAGGUUUCUGAGGAUUGGGGAGACACGGACUGAAAAUCUUUUUAUAAGAAUGAUCUUGAGCAGCAGAGUACAAUAUGGACUAGAGCAGGGAGAGACAGGAGGCAAGGAGGUCAGCGAGGAGGCUGAUAUAGUAGUUAAAGCAGGAUAUAAGUGCUUAGUAGCGCUUGAUACUUACAAAUAAGUAGGAAAAACUCAAGUGCUAUUUAUCAUGGCAGUGAUAGCACUCCACAAAGGCAUUACGAAGCAAAUGAGAGCAGAGCGGUGGCUGUUGUUGAGGGAGGACUGAUAAUUGUGUCCUUGGGCAACAGACUACAUCCCAAACUUUGGCCUUCCAUCCAGUGAUGUGUGUGUGAGAGAGAGAUGCCCAUCGCCACUAUUGGGUGAUACUGUUUAAGAAAAAAACCCAAAAAGCUGUGCAAGUAGGUGGCCCAGGAUGUUAAUGGUGUGGUUGAUUAGGAAGUAGCAGAACCAUUCUGCAGUACUCUAGAUGUUUGGUUUCUGAGUUAGGGACAUGCUGCUCACCUUGAAAGAAGAGGCUAGGAUAAGCACCCUGAAAAUGAUCAGGCUCUCAGGUGGUCUUCACCUGGUAAGCUUUAAUGUGGUGCAGAGACCAGUAAAGAAAACCUGCUUAAUGCAUAUAAACAAUUGUGUUGUGAAACAUCAGGCUAGUCCAUGCUACCGAAGGUUGUCCAGAGGAAAGAGAAAGGUUCUGGAGGUAGGCGGGCGAGCCGCAUGCAGGGGUGUGAGAUUGAGGCACUGAGUAAAACAAGACUCCACGAUGACAGCUCGUGGGAAGGAUGACUUGAUUCUGUCGCUGUGUGAAGGCGUCCCCGUUGAGUGAAGGCGCUCAGAUAUCAGCUCUGGCUUUUCAGUCACUAGCCUCGAGGCUUCCAGACUUGCUUGGACACAUCGAUGAGAAUCUUGCAGCCCUGUGCUUUCCCUCUAAGACUCUAUCAUCAUCGAUCUCUCAGUAUCUGGGCUCUUGCCAUGGUGGAUACUCGAGAGAGUAAGAGCAAGAAAAUUCUACAAGGAUCGGGAUCCAGAAAGUUCAACAGAGACCGCCACAGGGCUGACAUCUGCUCGCCUGUAGGGACGAGGGCCUUCCUACACAUGGGUAGGCAGUGUUGCUGGAACAUGGAGGAAAAAAAUCCCACACCACCCAGAAUUGGAAAACUGAGUGGCAAUGUUCUGUCCCAACUCAGGAGCUUUGCAGUUUCCCACACCUUCCACUACUGAACGAGAGAAAUACUCCACAGACACCCAGAGUUUUAGCUGUUGUACCUUUUUGACUGUAGCAUUACUCAGCGACUAGGAUUAAAUGGUGUUGAUUUCACCACUGCUGUAGGUGUGGCGCCGAGUGUUCAUUAGAAUUGCCCAACUCGAUUCAACCUUUAAUUUUUACACUGAAGCUAUGACCCCCCCGCGGCACAGCUGUGUUGGUUGCGUGAGGAGAAUCGAGGAUGGCAGAGAACCUAAACAGCUACUCCGCGGAGAGCUGAAAUUAGGAAACCUCAAGGAGAACAGAGGAAGAGUUUUAAGGAUCCAGCUCAUCCAAGCCUCGGGCAGUGUUGCAUCCUGGCUGAAAGCUGCAGCUACAACAGACUGGUGCACUGCGAUCAAGAAAGUGGGGAAAGCUGUUUGAGAGGAGAAGCUUUUUGAGGAUCGUGGAUGAGGAAAUGCGCAGAAGCAUCAGUGAGUGUUGCGGAAAGCAAA